AUGGAAGGCGCGACGGCGACACAGACAAAGACAGAAGGCGCCCCGCUCCCCUCAGAGGAGGGUACCAGCGCUGGUCAGAGCCGCAUCGCCCAUACCUUGACAGCCUGUUGUCGCUGCCGCACGCGCAAGACGAGAUGCGACCCAGGACUCCCCCGAUGCGGUCCCUGCGAGCGAACCAAUUCACACUGCGAAUACUACGACCCCACCAAAGGCAGGAAGAUUGCCCGCAACUACGUCGUCCACCUGCAGCAAAAAGUGCGCGACCUGGAGAAGCAACUGGCCGAGCUGGAGCGGGAGGACGUCGAACCAGACCCUGAAGAUGUCAUGCGCGGCGCAGCAGCUGUGCGUGUCCAGGACUCAGACGAGUCCAAGUUCCUGGGGCCCUCGAGCGGCAUAACCAUCACGCGCCUGGUCAUGCAACUGGCCAAGCAGUUCACAGAGUCCAAGAGCAUAUCCGAAAUCGUACCACACGCGAGGCAAAAGUCCAUCAAGGCCGCCUUCGCCCAGGAAGACGAGCGCCCCACCUCCAAAAUCUAUCCCCUGGUCAGCGAUGUUGCCGCUGAAGAGCUGCCCAAUCGAGAUCUCACCAAUCUACUGGUCGAGCUGUUCUACUGCAAAGUCCACCCCAUGUACCCCAUCUUCCACGAGCCCACCUUUACCAAGGAUGUCGAGGACGUCUACAACGGCUCGGUCGAUCCUUACCAAAACUACUGUCUGCGCAUGGUGAUCGCCAUUAGCCUGCAGAAGAUGGACACGCAGUAUGCAGGCUUGGCCGACAGCUAUUACCUUGCAGCCCUCAAGUUUUUCGAGGCCGCCAUCAAGCCAAUGAACCUAAAAACCCUGCAGUGUUUCGCUCUAGUGGCUGGCUACUCGCUCCUUACGCCAACCAGGACUGCCGUCUACUACAUCAUGGGCCUCGGCGUAAGGCUUUGUCAAGCAUUAGGCCUGCAUGAGGAGAAGACCAUCACCAUGGGCCCAGGUGGGCGCUCAGCUGACCCCCUCGACGUGGACAUGCGUCGCCGACUUUUCUGGAGCAUUCUUACCAUGGACUACGGCCUUUCCCACAGCCUCGGACGGCCCGCUCACUUUGCAACCAGACGAGAACACAUCGAUGUCAACUUUGGCGAGCUUGUCGACGAUGCCUUCAUCACCAAAGAAGGUAUCAAGCCGGCACCCCAGGCAUCCCUCAAGAAGUGGAUUGGCAUCCACUUUUACAAAAUGCGCCUCCUGCAGCUAGAAAUACGGAAAAUGUUAUAUCAGCGAAAGAAGCCCGAGCCCAAGGACGACGACCAUCCCUGGUUCACCGAAAUGGUGGCAAAGAUUGAAGCUUGGAGGGACACCAGCCCCGAGAUGGACGGCGGAUCAGGCUUGAACAAAGUCUGGUUCAUCGGCAGGUACAACACAAUGGUUGUCUUUAUUUUCCGUCCCUCUCCCCAAGUCCCGCGGCCUUCUGUACAAGCUGCCAUGCGCUGCUACGAUGCAUGUCAAUACAACAUUUACAUGACAAAGAAGCAGAUUGAAACCAAGUCCGUGGACAUGACCUGGAUCUUCGUCCAAUCCAUCUUCAUGUGCAUCAAUACCAUACUCUGGACCCUGUCUUAUUCUGAAGUGCGCCGCCGCCACAGUCGCGACGAAGUGGAAGCCCAUUUGAAUGUGGCCAUGGAAUCCAUCAGGCUCUCUUCUGAGCGAUGGCCAGGAGUAGCAUCUGCCAUUCAGUUAUACUAUAACCUUAUUGGCGCUUGUAUGAAGAUCUUCGACAAGGAUGGUGACGUUCCCAUCACAGCCACAUCUCCAUCCGAUACCGCAUCUGUCGUGUCGGGCAACAUCGUGGAUGGCAUCAACAGGUCUCGGACAACAAGCCCAGCCUCGGCGUCUACUGCAUCAGUGAGCACGCCUUCGGAUAAAGUUCCUGCCCCGUUCGGCUAUUUACCAAACCAGAACCAGCCCACCUUCAACAACAACAACGCGGCCAACGUCGCGAAUCCUUUCUCGACCUCACCCAACAUACAACAUGCUUCACUACACGCAUCGCCUCAGCAACACGCAUCGCAACCGUAUACUGAGCUGAGCCCCAAGACAUCCAUGGACCCCAGCAUACCCAUCUUUAGCUACCCGCCGACCACGCAAUUCUCGCCUUUACCAACCACCUUCGCCGAACUUCCUCAGUGGAACCCAACAUUUUCAAUGCCUCAACAAGAGUCUUUCGGUAUGCCCACGAUGCCCAUGUCGUCGCCAUUCUACAACGAGGCGUACGCAGCAAAUCAAGGCUACGAGGUAGCCGACUACCUCAAUCCAGGGUGGAGCCAGGAGGCCAGAGGCACUGGCUUGAACCAAGAGCAGCAGGUGCAAUUGAUGCACGAUUUCGAGAUGAAUGAAGCAAAGAACAUCGAACAGAUGAUCCAGCAGAGCCACCAACUCUUCCCACCGCCGCAGCUACAAACGUACUGA